AGAUUUCUUCAAUAUUUAAAUCAAAGUAAAAAUGAACAAUGAGAAAUCAAUUUUCAUUUUAGAAACUAAACUUUAUUCUUUUUUUAGUUCAUUUUCUGUAGAUUAAAUAAAAACUAAAAUGCAAGAUAAUAAUGAUGAGGAUGAUGGUUUUCCAUUCAAUGAUUUAUUUCUCCAAUUGAGGGUGAGUGUGGUUGUUGCUCUCUCUUACACGCACACUUUCACAUCCAUUAUUAAAAUUAUGUUGACUGCAUGAAGAUAAAAAAACAUUUUUUAGUUUUUGUUGUUUUCUUGUCUCCGAGGCAUUAUUUCUCUUGAAAACUUAUAGAAAUAAAUACCGUUUUGAAUAAUUUUCUUCCAGCUUCAUGUAUUCUAUGUACAUGGACAAUAGCUGAUUGAUCAACAUUAAUAAUUGACAUAUCAUUUCAUUGAACAUUAAAUAAUUCAUCACUUAUCUCAGCUAUUCGAGAAUUUGAUGAAUUUAUUAAAUCGUCAAGUAAUAGUCAAGUUUCAAUGGUUUUUCCAUCGACAUUAAAAGAACAAGUUUCAUAUAAAGAACAUCUAAUGACAUUAAAUACUGUGCAACAUCCAUACAUUGGUUUUUUUUUCUUUUCAUUCAUUUUCAGAUAAUAAUUAACUAUGAUGACGAUAAAUGUCCGUAGCCAUUGAUUCUUCAAAUAUAUGAUGCACCUUCUGUUUGUCAAUGAAAAUAUCUUAGUAGAACUGAAUAUAUUUAUCAUUCUUCAUCAGUUAAUAAUUUAACAUUACGAUAUCUAAUUUGUAUUGAAUGUUCAGAUGAUAAUAUUGUUCUUCAAUCAACUCAUUUAUCAUCAAUUAUGACCAUAAAUGAAUUUAUACGAAUAGAUGAAAUUGUUUGUUCAAAUUUCCCACAUAUGACUGAUACAUAUUUACAAUCUGAAGUUGAUUAA